UUGUAAGUAUGGUAAUAUUCUUUAAUUAAUUAACCUAGUUUUUGGGUAUUUAGGGUUGCUUCUUAAUUCUCUGUAUAUGGCAUACUAUCAAUGAAAAAGACAAAUCGUUUUUUUCUCCACUAGCCAUGCCUCUUUAAUUUAGCAGGAUUUGAACUCAAUUCUAUAACAACUUCAAUCGCUAAUAGUUAGAUUCUAAAUUUAUUACCCUCUCCGUCUCAAUUUGUAUGGCACCUUUUUACUUGACACGCAGUUUAAGAAAGAAAGAAAAAAAACUUUUGAAAUUUUUGUGGAAAAACCUUUAACAUUUAUGUGGAUAGAAAUCAUCUCAUUAAUGUUAAAAUAGAGAUUUUAAUGUUAAUUUAUUUCUAAAAUAUAAAAAUGUAACAUUCUUUUUGGAACAGAUUAAAAAGGAAAGAGUUCCACAUAAAUUGGGACAAAUGGAGUACAUAUUUAUUGGAUUUCAUAAUACCAUGUAUGACAAUCCCACUGGUUCUAUGGAAUCUGUAUAUUGCCUUCUAGCUCUGCCGUGCUAGGCCAUGGCAAAAGUCGCCCUCCUCCUCGCUAUCAAAAAGCUUAGGCAGUUGAUUUUGGCUGAAGAAACCGAAAGAAUCGGAGCGGACAGAGAAGUCAGCGAUGUAGUUCAAUUUCUGGAGAUUUUCUUACAAGAUUUAACAGCAGAUGAUCAAAUGCCCAGCGACAGCGCGAGGGAAAUUGAAGAACUUGUUUAUCGCGUGGAAUAUAUGGUCGAAAAUUUGGCAUCCAGGUCUGGCAGAUCUUUUGUGAAGCAAUUUCCUCUGUGUAGCGGACAUGGUGCCGCUGUCAAGAAGCAAGACAGGUCAGAGUUUACGAAAUUGUGUACCACGAUCAAGCGUCUUCUUUCAGAGAAUGUCUUGCAGCUCUCCUCCAAUGUUAAUGUCGAUAGCAGCAGCAGCAGCUGGGACAAUUGUUGUAAAAAAUGGAAGCAAAUCUUUGUAAAUGAGCUUGGUGGCGAAGCAGUUGGGAUUGAGGAAGAGAAGGAGCUGAUUUUACGAGCUUUGUUUGAUAAAUCAGAGGGCUACGAACACAGGUUCGAAGUAAUUCCCAUAUGGGGCCCUAGUGGCACAGGAAAGAGUACUCUUGCUCAUGCAAUAUACAAUGACCCUAGGGUUGUCCAAGAGUUUCGCAAGCACCGCAUCAUUAUUACUGUAUCUGAAAGCUUCAAUUUCAAACGUGAAUUUUCGUCUGUCCUCACACGCUUUGUGGGUUCUACAAUGGAUUACGAGGAUUCGACAACAGAUACUCUUGCAGAAAAGAUCCGCGAACAACUGGAGGAGAAGGAAUCCAGGAAGGAGUUCAGGAAGGAGUCCAGGAGUUUGAUUCUUCUGGAAGAUGUACGCUCAAUUGAGGAUUGGCAGAGGCUACGUCCGGCUGUGGGAGCUAAAGGUAGCAGAAUACUUGUGACAACUCGAGCAAAAGAAGCAGCGGAGGGUAUGAAUCAGGCGCCUUACGUACAUAGAAAGAGGCCUUUAACAGAUGAAUACAGCUUGGAGUUGCUUAAAAGGACAGCAUGGCCGAAAAUGAAUCCAGGAGCUGAAAUCGGAAAAGAGGUGGGGACAAAAGGUUUGGAAAUGGUAAAAAAGUGUGAAGGUUUUCCAGGGGCAGUUAUAGAACUUGCAAAAUUAGUAGCUGGUAAGGAUGUGAGUGAGUGGGAGAUUGUGCUGAAAAAUGCGAGAUCAGAUCUAUCACAAGUUAUGACUCCAAGUUAUGAUGAGUUGUCAGAUCAUUUGAAACUUUGUUUUCUCUAUUUGGGCCAUUUUAGGGAAGAUCCAGAGGUAGAACCAGAGAAGUUAUGUCAUUUGUGGACAAUUGAAAGCUUGAUAUCGUCACAAGAAUGUGGAAGAACAAUGACACUCUUGGACUUGACAGAGGAGAAUUUGAAGGUUCUAGCGCAGAAGGGAAUGAUAGACGUGGAAAAGAGAAUAGAGCUCAAGUCUUGCCGCGUAGUUGGAUUAAUGGGAGAUAUGUGCCUCUCAAAAGCAGAAGAGAGAGACCUUUUGAAAGUCAUGGAUUUACGAACUGAAGAUAAUCCGCCUUCAUUUUACUUUAGCAGAACACGGAGUCUUGUCAUUUAUCUAGGGAAGUAUAAAUCUCAAGUCAAUCCACAAUACAGAAACCUUCGGAGUCUUCGAAUUAUUGAGACAAAUGAGCAUCAACGAUUAGAGGAGCUUGUAUGGCCGCCUGUAUUAUCAGAUGUUAAGCAACUCCGCGCGCUCAGAAUUCUUGAUUUCGACAGGAUAGACUUUCGAGAGAGAGGGAGGGAACUACCCGAAGGUAUUUUUGCUCUACCUUUGUUAAGAUAUUUAAGUUUCAAAGGAUGUUUCCUAGAGGUGUUGCCAUCAUCUAUAAGCAGCUUGUCACAUCUGCAAGUCCUUGAUUUGAGAAUUCAUGAUUUAUGCAAGAUUAUCAUCCCGAAUGUGUUGCGGAAGAUGAGAAGAUUGCAACAUCUCUAUCUUCCGAAAACAUUUCAAAUGAUAAUUAAGGGAGAAAAACUUCGAUUGGAUGGAUUGACAGAGCUUCAGACACUAAAGAACUUCACCUCCAAAGUAUGUGAAAUCGCAGAUCUUUUCAAAUUGACCAAACUCCGGUACCUAGAUGUGAAAGUUGAAGGGAAUCUUGACGACCUUAAGUCAAUAACCGGUCCCAUGGAAACUGCUCCAGAAAGAUGGUCUCAUUCCUCCAUCGAGAUAAAAAAGUUCGACUGUUAUACAGAAAAAAGGCAUAAAGUUUUUAGGCAGCUAAUGGAGUCGGGGAUUCCACCUAAAUUUUCCUUCGAGGGUCACCUUUACCAGCUGCCACCAUACAAUCUGAUCUCCGAAAGAUUCACAGAGAUGGUCCUUAUUAACACUCAACUUUGCGAAGAUCCAAUGGCAACUUUAGAGAAGCUUCCCAAUCUAAGGCUUCUAGUACUCAAAGAUGAUGCUUUUCUAGUUAAAGAGAUUAUAUGUUCUGCUGAAGGUUUCCCUCAACUCGAACUUUUAGAACUCUCUGGUUUGUUCGUCUUGGAGAAAUGUAGGGCGGGAGAUAAGGCGAUGCCCAGGCUUUCUCAUCUCAAUAUUGAAAACUGCGAGAAAGUAGAAUUGCUCCCAGAUGGUUCAGAAUUUCAUCCUAUCUUCAAAGAUUUCUUGAGCAGAAAUAACCCUUGAACGUUAACACAACUGUGUUAGUUCAUGAAUUAAAUUUGAAUUCUGUAAGAAUUUGAAUUGAACCGAGGGUCUAUUGGAAACAACAUCUCUAUCUCCACAAGUUAGUAGUAAGGUUGCGUACACACAACCUUCCAUAGACCCCACUAUGUCAGGUUGUACUUCUUUUUUUUUGUUGUUGUAAGAAUUUGAAUUAUUGAAAUUUAAAAUGGUAUAGUCAUGAUCUAUCCAAUGGUUGAAACA